AGCCCAGGACUAGAGUGAGGAGUCAGCGGUGGGGAGACCACAUCUCAGGCUGCUCAAAAACCGAAACCAGCUAGCCAUUUUUCAGGUUGAGCCAGACCAACCUGAUGGCAGACUUAGCAAAUAACAAUAUAGGACACCCAGUUAAAUGUGAAUUUCAGAUGAACAACAAAUACUUUUUUAGUAUAAGUAUGUCCCAAAUUUGCAUGGCACAUACUUAAACACUUCAAAAAAACUUUUGCUCAUCUGAAACUCACAUGUAAUUGGGCAUUCUGCAUUUUAACUGGCAACCCUAGACGGCAGGGAACAGCCUCGACACGGAGUGAGGGUAUAUUUUCUUGUAUACAGCUCAUAAAUCAAUAUUUAAAAAAUCAGAGUUAGUAGAUUGGGCAUAUUUUAAAAAGAGUUGCUGUAUUUACUUUAACCCUCCAUUUCUAAGAUCUAGGAUCUUGUCCUGAUGAGCUGCCUAACUGGCUGGGGGUGUCUAGCCACUGUCUCUCCUGUCUGAGCCCCUUGCUCAGGGAGUUCUAUCAGCCUCUCCCUUUCUGUUCCAGCAAAAUCCAAGGGAGAGCACAGUCAUAUUUCAGUCUGUCUUGUAUCUAUGCCUGCAUAUUUGGAAGUCUACCUGCUAGAAAGCUGACUUAGAUUUUAUUCCUGUUGGUGGAUGACAGCCCCCAGAACCUCCCUGCCCUGCUGGGUCUGUGGAGUGGGAGAGGCAGGAAAUGGGAGAUCCUCAGAUAUUCCCUGGUAUCCUCUAAGUCUCUCUGUGCCAGUUGGGGUAAUGAUCAGUAUGAUGCUAAGAAAGGGAAGGGGAACUAUGUUUUAGAGCAAAACACUGUGCUAGGUACCCUACAGAAAUUAUAGGAUCUUCAUUACAACUCUAUUUGGUAGGUGUGGUUAUUAUCCACAAUUUGCAGAUGAGGAAACUGAGGCUCAGAAAGGUUAAAUAACCUACCGCCCUAGCUCAUAUGGGUGGUAAAUGACAAAGCCUGAUUCAAACCUGGUUCUCUCUGACCCUAAAGGGUUUUCUGUGACACCAGCUCUCCUAGGGAGUUUGCCUGGAGAUGUCUUGGCUCUAGGUGUUAAGGCAAGUCUAGGUCUCAGGCAGACAUAGGUUCAAGUCCCACCUCUGCUACUAAUCAACAGUGAACAGAUGACAGAACUGACCAACGGAAACCUGGUCAGAGGCAGGAGCAGGGUGGUUACGGGUCUGGGGACAUUUAGGUAAGAGAGGGGAAAAUCUGGAAAUAGAAGAGUUGUCUCCAAAAAUACUCAGUGGGUUGUCAUGUGCACAGUGAAAUUGGUUAUGGUGGUCAGGCACUGCUUCUGUGUUCAUUAUUUAAUUAAAUCCUCAUAAACUUCCAUCUCCCUUGUACCGGGGACAGCCAAGAUACAGGUUAAAUCACAAAGCUUGCAAAUGGAAGAGAGAAUUCGAACCCAGGUCUAACUUUUGCCACAACAGGCUGCCUCUUGAUGCUGAUGGAAAGUUCACAGCUUGGUCUUAAGUCCCGAUCCCUGGCUAUUGAGGGCUGUGUGACCUUGGACAAGUCACUUAUUCUCCUGGGCCUGUUUCCUCCUAUGUAGAAUGGGAAUAAUAAUGCUGGCUCCCAGACAAUGGGUUUGAAAAUAGCGCAUCACAAGGCACAGAACACGCACCCAGUUAUGGUUAUGUAACUAGCCACCACCCCUCUCGAGAGUUAAUUCACUGGAACGGGGCCAUCCACUAGGCUGGGAAGUUUCUGAGGUGCCCCUUUGGGCUGGAAAAGGAGGGUCACAAAUGGGAGGAUGGAUUGCCUUAUCCUGCGGUGAUCAUGUAACUGAGAAUGGAGGCUGAUCCUAGUUUUUCCUAGUUUUUCCCUGGCUGGGCCAACUCAUCUUAAGAACUGAGGUUUGAGGUAUUUUUGUGUGUGUUCCUUCUCAAAGGGGGGUUUCCCAAAGUGUAGCCCAAGAACCACCUUCCUCGGAGCCACCGGGGGUGCUGUUUUAAAGUAUAGAUGCCCGGGCCCCAGUUCAGACCUCCUGAGUCAGAAUCACAGGUGCAGGGCCCAGGCAUCGGCAUUUCUAACAAAUGCCUCAUGUGAUUCUGAUGCACUCAAAAGUUUGAGAUCCACUGUUCUGAGACAAUAACAGAACAGUUUCUCCAUACCACUGCAGCCCUGACUUCCUCUCCUAGGAAGGAGGUUGCCUGGAGAGGCCAGGACAGAAGAAGUGGGGUCCUUCAUUUUCCGAGCACUCCGAGUCUUCCAGAGGCAGCAUGUCAGAGGGGGCGGGCACAUUCCGCAUGGUCCCUGAAGAGGAACAAGAGCUCCGUGCCCAACUGGAGCGGCUUACAACCAAAGACCACGGACCUGUCUUUGGCCAGUGCAGCCAGCUGCCCCGCCACACCUUGCAGAAGGCCAAGGACGAGCUGAAUGAGAGGGAGGAGACCCGGGAGGAGGCGGUGCGGGAGCUGCAGGAGCUGGUGCAGGGGGAGGCAGCCUCGGGGCAGGAGCUGGCCGUGGCCGUGGCGGAGAGGGUGCAGGGAAAGGACAGCGCCUUCUUCCUGCGCUUCAUCCGCGCGCGCAAAUUCCACGUGGGCCGAGCCUACGAGCUGCUCAGAGGCUAUGUGAACUUCCGGCUGCAGUACCCAGAGCUCUUUGACAGCCUGUCCCUGGAGGCUGUCCGCUGCACUGUCGAGGCUGGCUACCCUGGUGUCCUCUCCAGUCGGGACAAGUAUGGCCGAGUGGUCAUGCUCUUCAAUAUUGAGAACUGGGACUCUGAAGAAAUCACCUUUGAUGAGCCCGUUCACGUUGUGCCCAAGAUCUUGCAGGCAUACUGUUUCAUCCUGGAGAAGCUACUGGAGAAUGAGGAAACUCAAAUUAAUGGCUUUUGCAUCAUUGAGAACUUCAAGGGCUUUACCAUGCAGCAGGCUGCUGGACUUCGGGCUUCAGAUCUCAGGAAGAUGGUGGACAUGCUCCAGGAUUCCUUCCCAGCCCGGUUCAAAGCCAUCCACUUCAUCCACCAGCCGUGGUACUUCACCACAACCUACAACGUGGUCAAGCCCUUCUUGAAGAGCAAAUUGCUCCAGAGGGUCUUUGUCCAUGGAGAAGACCUCUCCAGCUUCUACCAGGAGUUCAACGAGGACAUCCUGCCCUCCGACUUUGGGGGCACACUGCCCAAGUAUGAUGGCAAAGUCGUUGCUGAACAGCUCUUUGGUCCCCGGGUCCAAGCUGAGAACACAGCCUUCUGAGAACAUCCCCUGCCAUCUGAUCUGUAGUUAGUGUCCCUGGGCCUCUCCUCAGCUGCCCUGGACCCAGAAGGCUGGGAAAAGGGCUGCCUGGGAUGAUUGUGGUUCCUCUGAACCUUCCUAAGCUUGGGUGAGCUCAGGUGUCACCCUCCUCCCAAGCUGGGGGGCAAUAAAAAAGCAGGGGAAUUCCCUUGAGCAAGAAGAAGUGAGGGCAGUUAUAUUCCUACUGCCUCUGAAGCUUUAGGAUGGAGACUUGUGUGGGGUUGAGUGUCAAAGACUCUAAUCAAGCUUCUCAGUGAUUUUCUUUGUAAUAGUUUUACUAUUUAGGGUCUGUGAAAAUAGGCAAGGAGGCUGGUUUAAAGGUCUCUCCCACCCCUAAAAAUAUAAAAAAGAAGAUAAGAGAGG